AUUUGCAAACAUAUAUCUUUCAGUUUUCUCAUUACUAAUUCUUAGCAAAAGAUGGCAGUAGAAGCUAUCACUUCCGGUGGGAAAGAUUACCACGGUAACCUCACUUUCAAGGUUUUUAUAACAUGCAUUAUUGCCGCCUCCGGUGGUGUGAUCUUCGGUUAUGAUCUCCGCAUUUCAGGAGUUCUUUCCCGCCGUUUACAAAAAGAAUCAUCGGUAUUGCAAGUUCGACAGCCAGACACUUUGUUUACAUCGUCGUUGUAUUUGGCGGCUCUUCUUUCAUCUGUAGUGGCGUCUUCCACAACGAUGUUUCGAGGACUACAUUUCGGCGCCAAUGCCCUCCUCAACGCCUUCGCCAAAGCUGUCUUGAUGCUCAUUGUUGGUUGGAUGUUACUAGGUUUGGGUGCCGGCUGCGCUAAUCAGUCUGUUCCGAUUUAUAUCUCGGAAAUGGCUGCGUUCAAAUACAGAGGUGCCCUGAACAUGAUGUUCCAAUUGUCGAUCACAGUCGGAAUCCUCGUCGCCAAUUUGUUGAACUACUACUUUUCUCAGGUUAACGGUGGCUGGGGCUGGCGUUUGAGCUUGGGUCGAGCCUUCAUCCCCCCCGCAAUCAUCUUCUUCGGUUCAUUUCUCCUCCCGCUGCUCCCAACUCCUUGCUUGAACGUGACGAAGCCAAGGUCCUACUCAAGAAGGUUCGCGGCGUCCCCAUUGUUGACGAGGAGUUCAAUGAUUUGGUGGCUGCGACAGCUCACGGGCAUGAACGUGUUCGUCUUCUACGUCUCGGUUCUGUUCAAGAGCAUGGGGUUUGGGAGCAACGCCGCGCUCAUGUCCCCCGUGACUACCAGUGUUGUCAAUGCCUUUGCAACCCUCGUUUCCAUAGUGACAUUGCGUGGAAUUUGGUAUAAGUGGCAACCCUGGCGUGCUGCCAAAGUGGAUCUCAACAUUGGUCUUGGUUGUCAGGUGUGUGUACAUUGCCGGCUUUGCGUGGUCGUGGGGUCCCCUAGAGUGUGGCUAAUUCCCAGUGAAAUCUUCUCGUUGGAGGUCCGUUCAGCUGCUCAGAGUAUCAAUGUGUCCAUGAACAUGAUCUUUACCUUUGCAAUUGCACAAGUCUUCACAGCCAUGCUUUGCCACUUGAAGUUUGAACUGUUCAUUUUCUUUGCAUUCUUGGUGCACAAGCACUGGGGCAAGUACUUUGUAGUAGAGCAGGACUUUGAGAUGGCUAAGAAGCCAACAGCAACAAGUCUUUGAAUCAUUAGGCUUUUGGGGUUAAGAACAGGCAAUUUGUGCAUACCCCCUUCGCUUUUGUUUUGUUUUGGGUCAUUGGUUUGAUGUGCAGGAGUCUAGCUACGUGAUAUUUUUUUUUAUCUUUUCUUUUCUUGCCUUCUUUGAGGCUAAGGCAAAUUGCUUUAGUCUCUCUUUCCAUACCAUCAGCUCUGGUUUAGUUCUGUUCAUAUUGUCAUUUCCCAAAUUGUCUCUGCAAUUGUAGAUUCCCUGUGGCCUGCUUUGUUAAUGGAUCAUAAAUUGGUAAAUUAUCU